AUGGCAAACUGCGGAGUGAACACAAAGAACAAAGUCACAGUUAAUAAGCCAGUUUGGGAAUUUCUCAACAAAGAGACUCCAUCCAAACUAAACCGUCUGAGAGAAGACAGUGGAGUUCGUAUUCUGAUUGACGGUGAAACAUCGGAGAUUUAUGUGUUACGAUUGUCUGUUGACCAGCCAUGUUCCAGCAAAUGCUAUCUCUCUGGCUAGAAAAGCUCUAAAAUCUUUGCUAAAAGACACUGAGAAAGAGUUGAAAAAAUCCUACAAGCAGCACCAGCUGUCGGGUUUUGUGGCUUACACAGAUAAGAACAGUGACCAUACAGGUGAAACACACAGCCGUAGUACUUAUGGUAGAAGCCUACCAACAUUCAGUGGUCGAGGAAUGAUACUUGGAAGUUCUAGUGGGGGUGCUAGUAGCAGUCAUGGGAGCUCUCGUGACCACAGAAGAGAAGAGACAGAAGAUGACAGAGAAAACCAGUGUCCUAUUUGUCUGGGUGAAAUCCAAAAUAUAAAGACGUUGGAGAAGUGCCAGCAUUCAUUCUGUGAGGAUUGUAUUACCAGGGCUCUCCAAGUGAAGAAAGCCUGUCCCAUGUGUGGUCGUUUCUAUGGGCAACUCGUGGGAAACCAACCCGAAAAUGGCAGAAUGUUGGUAUCCAAGGACUCUGGGCUAUUGCUUCCUGGCUACGAGAAGUAUGGGACUAUUAUCAUCCAAUAUGUCUUCCCACCAGGCAUACAAGGGACAGAACACCCGAAUCCUGGUGUUAGAUAUCCAGGAACCACUCGUGUGGCUUACUUACCUGAUUGCCCUGAGGGGAACAAAGUUCUGGCGCUAUUUAGGAAAGCCUUUGACCAACGUUUGACCUUCACCAUUGGGACUUCAAUGACUACAGGAAGACCUAAUGUUAUAACGUGGAAUGACAUUCACCAUAAAACUAAUUGCACCGGAGGACCACAACUAUUUGGUUAUCCUGACCCCACCUACUUAUUGAGAGUCCAGGAGGAGCUGCGAGCCAAAGGCAUCACCUCUGACUAG